AGAUGUAGUUAGAGCAGUAGUGAGAGACAGAAAGUUUUAGAUCGAGUUUUAGAGAAGCCAUAAUGGUAAAUUAUUGUGUUUGUGCUGGUUGCACGAAUUCCAGCCUGUCAGGACAUCGUGUCCAUCAUUUUCCUUCUAGGAAAAACAAGGCUUUUCGGUCUUGGGUGCGUUUUGUGCAGGUGAAGAGAGCAGACUUCACUGCCGCGUCUGUUACCACACACUCGGUCGUUUGUGGCGCACAUUUCACUCCGGAGAAUUAUCGACCUGGAGAUUUGUUGGAGUCUCGGAUGGGAUUUCGGAGUAAGGAGCACGUGAGGCUGAUUACUGAUGCUGUUCCCUCGGUGCACUCGAUGGAAUCAAGUCCACCGUCAAAGUGUACACCGGAUUUUGGCGCAGGCUGGACAGGAGGACAAAGUGCUAAUGUUAGCAGACAUUCUGUGCAACGAAAACGAGGACUUAGCAGAAUGUUCAUCAUGAGAGAGCAGGUGGAUGUGAUCUGCUGUAAAUCAGUAGGAACUGAUCUGUCCAUGCUGGAUAUUGAUGAUUUCAUCACAGAAAUCUCUCAGCUGAAGAAAGAGGUGACGUCACUGAAGACAAAACUGAUGGAGAGAGAACUGUAUUCAUCCUGCACCUGUUUUGAGCGAGUUAAAGUUGAGAUUGAGCUGGAAAAGGUUUCCUGUCAAUCUUCAGUGUGUGUGACUGAUGGGACCUCCACAGAAUGUCAGGAUUCAGUGUGGAGCGGCAGAGAUCAGUCCACACCACAGCAGCUGCUGGACAAACUCUCUGAACAGAGAUCCAGAGACACACAGGACUCACAGCUCACUUUACUCUGUUCUACUGAUGCUCAGGAGAGUGUGUGUGACAGUAAUCAGGGUGAUCAAACCUCCACAGAGUCUCUGACUUCUGUCUGUAACGCUGGAGAACAGCAGAUGCUGCAGACACCAGUGAAGAUUGAAGUGAAGCAGGAGGAGAUAAAAGAAGAAAACACAGCAGAGGAACAACAUACUGAUGAAGAUGAUUUUAUUCCUUCAGAGCUGAUGGAAGUAAAAGAGGAAAGUCAAGAGCUUAACGAAGUGGAGGAGAAACAUCGUGAUUUUACAGCUGGAGAAUACGUUUUGAGUGGCUCAAAGACAAAGAAGAAUUUCUCACCAAAAAAGCCUCAAAGAAGAGCAGCAAAGAAAUCUUUCAACUGCUCUCAGUGUGGAAAAUGUUUCUCAUAUAAAAGCCGUCUUCAUAUUCACAUGAGAGUUCACACUGGAGAGAAACCUUAUACGUGUCAUCAAUGUGGGAAAAGUUACGCAUCUGCUGCCCGAUUCAAAAAUCAUCUCCACGGUCACUCUGGAGAAAAGCCAUUUGAAUGUGAUCAGUGUGGUAAAACCUUUUUUUUGAGUUCAGUCUUAAAACAGCAUCUGAAAACUCACACAAAUGAUGAGCCUUACAAGUGUUCUUCUUGUGGAAAGAGUUUUGCACUCCUGUCCUAUUUUAAAGAAAACCAAAAAAUUCAUUUCGGCAUGGGGGUUCAUAUGUGCUUUGAAUGUGGGAAGAUCUUUACUAAAGCCGGCAACUUGAAACGGCACCAAAGAAUUCAUACUGGAGAAAAACCUUACAAGUGCUCACUCUGUGGAAAGCAUUUCACUCAGUCAGAACACCUGAAAACACACGAGCGAAUCCAUACUGGAGUGAAACCUUACAAGUGUUCACACUGUGGAAAGAGUUUCGGUGUGUCAGAACACCUGAAAACACAUGAGAGAAUCCAUACUGGAGAGAAACCAUACAAGUGCUCACACUGUGAAAAGAGUUUCAUUAAGUCACAAAACCUGAAAAUACAUGAGAGAAUCCAUACUGGAGAGAAACCUUACAAGUGCUCACACUGUGCAAAAAGUUUUACUCAGUCAGAACAUCUGAAAAAACAUGAGAGAAUUCAUACUGGAGAGAAACCUUAAUAGUGCUCACACUGUGUAAAGAGCUUCACAGUGUUACAACAUUUGAAAACUCAUGAGAGAAUCCUGGAAAGAAAUCAAACCACUGCUCUUGAUGUGGGAAAAGUUGAAGCACAGCAAGUAACCUACAGAAGCAUAUAAAACAGAAUUGCCGAAGUAGUCACAGUGAGCAAAAAUCAUUCUAAUGUCCAACGACUUUAAGUUAAUAGUUUGAAAUUCAGAUGAACCCAAUGAUUUCUCCCAAAAGGGUAGCAUCAUCUAAAGCCCUAUUCCGACAGGACUAGUAUUCCCUGAGGAGAUUAGGGAAAUUUGUGUUUCACAGACGCACUUUUGUGAUUUUAAUUCCAUCCGAAUCUUACAGGUCUUUGUUUUAAUCACGCAAAUGUAGUAGCAAAUUACCGACUGUUUUUCAAGGGUCCUCUGAGAAAUCGAAUCGCAUCCGAAAACGAAUGUCUGUGAUUGCUGAUAUACAUUUUUGCAAUUUUUCAGCAAAUGGAAGUGCAGCAUAGUUCAAGUGGGAAGACUUGCAGCUGUACAUCAUCACAUCAUUAGCUGGGUAAUUCCCUGCCAAUUGCAUGUAAGCCAUUGCUUUAUAAGUCUGCUCACAAUCAAUCACAUUGCUGUUUCAGUGCACUAACACGGCAACCUCCACCACCCCACCACCACCUGUUGAGCCCUGUCCCGCAGGGGGUACGCUCCUCGCCCCUGCCUCCUAUCUCCGGCAGGAUAUGACGGUUCCGGGUACAACUCCCUCGGACCGCCGGAUGGGGCCUAUGCAAAAGAGAGAGACAUUAAUUUCUGUUUUACAUUUAUCAAAUAAAUGGCAUCUUAAGCUUCACUCAAGCCUGCGAGUCUUCCCAAUAGAAGUAUUUUGACCAACAUAAUCUACUGUGAAGAUUGUUAUUUUGCGUGCAGAUUUUUUGCCAUCUGACCCAAAAAAAAAGAGUUCACAGAUAAGUCUUGAUUAUUUCAGUGUGUCUAUUACAAGCAGACACUCUGAUAAACUAGGGAUGUGUGAGACUAGUCGACUAUUAAAUUGUUAAGGCUGAAACGAUUAGUCAGCAUUAUCAACAACAUCAACAAAAAAAAUAGUUGACAAAAAUUUCCAUUGUCAUUUGAUCUCAUUUAGAGUAACACAAGAUCAUAUGAAACUCUAAUGAUGGCGCUUGAUUGAGGAGAGGAAGAAGUCUAAACUUUCCCAACUGCGUAAGGCAGGGCAAUUGGUAAUUCACUUGCAUUUUAAAUAAAAGCAAAAAGCUUCAUUGGCCAAAAAAAUUAACUUCACAAAAACCCAAAUUUCACUGUUUUCUGGUCCUGGCACAAAAUGACCAGCUAACAUAAUUUCCAAGGAAAUUGCUGCAAAGAAUAUUUGGCCCGACACAGGACUCAUGGUAGCGUUCACCUUUUCUUCACCAGAAUAUCGAUUUUCCAGAUGUCCCAAACAGUCGUAAGGGGGCUUCAUCAGAGAAAAUAUCUUUGCACCAGUCUUCUGCUGUCCAAUCCUUGUAAUUCCUGCAGAAUUUCAGUCUGUCCUUGAUGUUUUUCUUGGAGAGAAGUGGCUUCUUUGCUGCCCUUCUUGACACCAAGCCAUUGUCCAAAAGUCUUCGCCUCACUGUGCGUGCAGAUGCACACACCCCAACCUGCUACCAAUAUUGAGAAAGUUCUGCACUGGUGGUGGCACGAUCCCGUAGCUGAUUCCUCAGGAGAUGGUCCUGGCACAUGCUGGACACUCUGGGACGUCCUGAAGCCUUCUUCACUGCAGUUGAACCUCUCUCCUUGAAGUUCUUGAUGAUCCUGUAAAUGGUUCUUUCGGGUGCAAUAUUCUUUGCAGCAAUUUCCUUGCAUGUGAGGCCAUUUUGAUGCAAAGCGAUGAUGGCUGCACGUCUUUCUUUAGAGGUAACCGUCGCUAACAAGAACACAAUGAUUGGAAGCACUUCUUCCCUCCUUUUAUAGCAUCAGUCUGCUCUUAUAAUCCAAUCAGAAUGAUAGAGUGAUUUCACCUGACUAGUGCUCGUUCACACUUUCCCAGGUGCUGCUGAUAUGAUUAGUGAAAUGAUGUUUGCUGGUCAUUUUGUGCCAGGACCAAAAAAAUCUGAUCACUCUGCACAAUAAUCUAGAAACAAUGUGAAUCAACACCACAACAGCUGAAGCAGAAAACUGCCUGAAUUAAUUUCUGUCUUCUGAGGAACACGAAAUUCGAUUUUUGGCAGUAAAAUAAAAGUGAAUUGAGACUGAAACUGACAUUCUCACUAAAAUCUCCUUUUGAGUUCCACGGCAGACGGUUUUCGAACAACAACAUAAAGGCGAGAAGUGAUGACAGAAUUCUCGUAACACUUUACAAUAAGGUUACAUUUAUUAACAUUAAAUGAUGCAUCAUGAACUAACAAUUCAUUUGACAGCAUUUAUCAAUCUUAGUAAAUGUUAUAUAAUAUUAUUAUUAGAUUAAUAUUCUGUAUCUUGAAAUUAACAUUAACCAAGAUUUAUUUAUUAUAUAAAAGUGGUGUUUAUUGUUAGUUCAUGUUAACUAAUGUUAACAAAUUAAACCUUUUGGUAAAGUGUUCCCAAAUUAGAUUUUUUUGGGUAAAUCAUCUCUUUGAGAGUACAAGUCAAUUCUCUUCAGUUGCAUUAAAAAUGUCUGUUUAAUAUUAACAGAAUGCAUUAAAAAUGUUAACAGAUAAAAUCCCAUAAGGCAUUAAUGAAGAUGAUUUCAUUGGAGUUUCUUGCUUGUUUUUUGUGUCAAAAUUACGGACAGCGUUUUAAGUAAUGACGGAUUAAUCUCGCGCUCACGCAAGAUUCUUAGGGGGGAAAAAGUGAGUCAAAUUAAAAUGUGCGAAUCCAUAAUAUGCGCGAUAACGGUAAACGGCAUGUCAGCGUCUAACUCAAUGUGACAAGCAAAAUGUCAAAUUAAAAAUAAAAUGUCACUCUACCAACAACAGAAUUUGUAUUAUAAUGCUAAUUUAGCAUUUCUCACGGCCAUCGAUGAUAGUGCUCUCUGGCGCACACGAGCAAACAGAGCGCGAGAAGAGCGAGCACAUCCAUGACGUGAGAAAUGCUAAAAUAUGAUUAUAAUACAAUGAUUUUUGUGAAUGUGUUUUGCCACAGAUUUUGCAGAAAAUGCAAGCACUAUUAAUGCAAUGCAGGUUAUUAUUUUUUUAAUUAUUUGUUAUUCUUAAUUGUUAUUCUUUCUGAUUGCACUGUGUUGUGCAUUUUAAUACCUGGUGGAAACACCUGAACAAGUAAGCUAUGGAAGUAGUCACUUCAAUAUUACGGGUGAUAGACAGACUCAUCUGGCAAUGCGUUAUACACUGAUGCAUGAUUAACAGCUUUAAAUAUUUCUGUUAAUAAUAUGAAACCGUAUUUUGCAUUAUUUCUAUUAAAAAUACAGUUUAUCCUCAUGACAGUGGGAUUCGUUUUAGCCUAUAUCUGUGAUAAACUGGCAUCACAUGAGCCAAUCUCCAUCCUAACAUGAAACUGCACUUGUCACAAACACAUGAAGAUGAAGAUUUCCUGCAUCCUAUAAACUUACAUCAUCAGCGAGCAUCAGAAUAGCCUAUCAUUCGGUAUGGUAUGAAUUUAACCAUGUGUUAUGAUUAAUGUCAUAAUUGUUGAAUUUAACCAUGUGGAUUACUCAAACUCUAGUAGCUUUUCUCUCUUGAUAUAACAUGUCUACAGAUGCAGGAUAUUUAUAUGAAUGAGCAAAGUCAGCUGUGUGCCUUUAAAAUAGAUUUGAGAUUGCAUUUGUCAUGUUUUGAGCAUGCGCUGUCGCACGCACACUCUCUGAACAAGAGCAGGGGGGUUUCAUAGAGCAGCAUAUAUUUAAGAGUUUGCGUUCAUUUUUGAGCAAGAGCCAAGGAUGUCUUUGAAGAGAUUUGCGCCUGCGCAACCGGCACAUAGAUGCACUCUCGCGUGAUAUGCAUGCGUUCAUGACAUUAGCAGUAUCAUAACGCCAUAGACCUAGGGUUCUCAACGAGUGCAGGACCGUUCAAAGGAUGCCAGGGGGCACUGAGAGCAAAUUAUUAGAGAGGGGGGGUGUAAGGUUGCAAAUGGGGGGCGUUUAUAAUGCUCAAUGGACAGCGCGAGCGCAAAGCAGGUGCGUUUUACUCUCAGACUGGACUCGAGCUCUUUAACGCACAUCUCUGGUCAUUGCAGUGCUGUGAGAAGCAUUGCGGAAACCGUUCGGCACUGAUUUCUACAUGACUACCCUUGAAUUUACUAUAGUAUCACUAACUGAACUUUAGGCAGAAAUGUAUUCAUAGUACAUAUUAUCAUUUCACUACUUCAGCUCUAUUCAAUUUGUCAUAUGUUAUAUUGGGGGUGUGAGGGAAUAUGCAUUUUAUUUAAAUGUUUAUAUUUUGUUUAUUGUUUUUACAUGUUUAGAGUAUUCCUACUGUUUGUAAUUACAAAAAUGCCAUCAUUUGUUUUACAGAAAUCAUGUUACAUCUCACCAAGGUAGUGAAGAAGAUCCAUGCUUACAUGUGCUUACUGUGGUCUUCUUACAAAUACCACUGUAAAAACUAUGAAA